AUGGCGUUAACAUGUUUUCCUGGUGCUUUAAAUCCAUUUUGUCGUCAAGCUAUAUGUGUUUCAUUAUGUUCUGAUCAACUGGCAGUAGCUACUUCAUCAACCUUACUUUAUAUUUACACAUAUUCAAGUCAAAAUUUAUCAUUCAUAACCAAAUUUUCUCCUCAUUCGAAAUCUUUAUCAUGUAUGUUAUUUCAUCCAACUAUUCCCGGCCUAUUAGCCACUGGUGGUGCUCCAAACUCAAGAGUUCUUCUAUGGGCCGUUGAAGGAAAAACAGUGCAAAAACAAGCAACAUUAAAUUUACAAAGAAGACCAAAUGCAUUAAUUUGGUUGUCAGACGAUGAAUUAAUCAUUGGAGAUGAACAUGGUAAUAUCUAUCGAUGGAAUAGAAACGAAGGAAAAUUAAAUCAAUUUUCUAAUCAAUUUUUAUCUGAUAAACAAAAUGAUGAAGUUCAACUUUUUGCUACUGCGAAUAAACAAAAAUAUAUUAUGGCUAUUGCAUACAAAUCUGGUUGUAUAUGUAUUUGCCAUGUUGAUCUUGAUAAAAAUCAUUUAAAUUUGUUACACAAAUUAUCACCUGAUUCAGUCAAUGCAAUAUGUUGUUCUAUUCAAUUUGCUCAUGCUGAAUCUCCAUUAGAUCGCAGUACUCUCUUUUAUAUAAGUUAUGGACACGGUUCGAUUAAAGUAUAUGAUUAUACAAAUGGAAAAGCACUCGGCCAGUUGCUAAUGGUUAAACAAUCAAAAACUGCGACUGCAAAUGAUCCUCGAUCCAAAACUUAUUAUCCAUUGGCUUGGAUGGAUGCGAAUACGUUGUUAACAGGAAAUAUUGAUGGCCAUUUAAUCAAGAUUGAUAUUCGUCAUUCAUCACACAUGGAAAAAGCUCAAUUAAAUGUGACACCACCAGUAUCAGCUGGUAAACCUGUUUUUUCUGUUGUUAUAAAAGAUGAAAAAACUUUAUUUACUUAUGCAUUUAAUCGAAAAUUAUGCAUUUGUGAUCUUUCAUCGUUAACAUUAACACAGUCUCUGGCAUCAAUACCUGGUUCUGUUAAUACUAUUCAAGCAUGUCCACUACAAACAAGUUGUAUUGCGUUAGGUGUUGAUACAGGAAAUAUUGGCAUAUUAGAUCUAUCUUCAUAUGGGUCACCUUCUCUGUCUUUUCUUUGGCAAUCGAUUCCAGCUGAUGUUUGUCGUGUAGCUUGGCAUCCUAUUCGUGAAGGUCGUAUUGCUUAUUCGACUCGUUUGGGCCACGUCGCACUUUAUGAUACACUUACGGGCCGUUCACGUGUUGUCUAUGAUUGGCGAUAUACUCAACCAGGAUCGCCAAAUGCUCUAUUUUGGGGUCCUUUAAUACCUAGUUCUACUGUAGAUCAAACAUUAGCAAUUCUCUAUUCAGUUGGAGAUGGAAAGUUGCACCGAUGGGAUAGUCCGGAUAAAAGUUGUUUACCAACUGAUUUGACAUCAUUAGUAACUGAGUCGAAUAUUAGUUCAAUUGUAACAGUAGCUUUUAGUGAUGAUCAAAAAUUUAUGUCUGCUAUUUGUUCUGAUAGUUCUUUAUUAAUUCGUUCGUGUCCAUCAUUAACAUUGGUUCAUCAUCAUUUGAUUAAUUGUUCGCCAACUAUUGUUCAUUAUCAUCCUCGCUAUUUAUUAUCGUCGGUUGAUAUAUCGUCCAAACAAUAUUGGCUUGCUGUGAAUGAUAAACAGAAUAUUCGAUUGAUUAAUAGUUUAGAAUCAAAUUCAUGCAUUAUUAAUGAUCUUAUUGGCCAUAGAGGUGAUAUUGAAUGUUUAGCAUGGAGUUCAUCAGUCGAUUUUCUUCUUGCAUCAGGUUCGCAAGAUAAAACUGUUCGAUUAUGGAAUGUUGAAACUUGUUCACCAUUGAAAGUUUACGUAGAACAUUCAGAUAGUAUUCUUUCGCUUAUUUUUUCAUCCGGAGAUACAAAUGUAAUUCUAUCUGGUUCUCGUGAUCAAUCAUUACACAUUUGGAAUAUCGAAGAACAUACACAAUCACCAGAUCAACCGAUUGUGACUAAUAUUAUUGAAAACGAUGAAGAAACAAGUAGUAAUAGUGAAAACAAAAAACGACAUAAUAAGCCAAGGCCAAAUCGAGCUGAACGAGAGAAAAAAAGAGCAGCGAAGAUAACAACAACUGAAGCGAAUGUUGAGCAAGCUGAUCGUCUUUUUUCAUCAACGAAUAAUAUCAUCAACGAUUUAAAUUCGCUUGCAUAUCGUUUAUUAUGGCCAUCAGAAACUGAUCGACAAGUUAUUUCCGACUUAUCAUUGUUGCCAGAUAAAGAAAGUUUAAUCGGAAGAAUAAAACAACAACAAUUUUGUUCAACAAAUGAUUUAAUUUAUCAUUUUUUGUAUUGGUCAGGUGAACAUGUUGAAUUAUUAAAUUUAUUAUGUGAAGGAUCUAUCGCAACAUCCAGUAAUCUUUUCUUUUGGAUGGCGAUAUUAAAUGACUCGAAUGAAAUUCAACCGUUAGUUGAUAAAACAUUUCAUCUAAUCAAAGAUAAUCAUGAACAACAAAUAUUAGAAUUUAUAACGAUGAUGAUUAAACUGAAACAAAAUCAAGAAUUAUUAGAAUAUCUUAUUAAUCAUGAUCAUGUUGAGUGUUCUCUUCUUUUGGCCAUUUUAUUCGGUUGUAUUGAUCAAAUUCGUGAUCGUCUAUCUGUUUCAGCGCAAACAGAAGAUACUUGA